AGGUUUCAGGUUGAAGGUUCUGUUCUGAAGAAACCAAAGGUAGCAUCGUUAGCCGCUCCUCCACAGUCGCCACCGUUGACGGCGUUGCUAACCAAUAAACAUGGCGGACGUGGUGCAGUACAAACUGGAGCGCAUGCUGGAUGAACUCGACGACCUUGAGCAGCGUGGGGUCUUUAGCCGCCGCGAGAUCGCUGAGAUCGUGAAGCAGAGGCGAAAAUUUGAGUACAGGCUAAAGCGACCGAGUCCACUGAAGCAAGACUUCUUGGCCUAUGUGGAGUACGAGACUCAACUCGACGCCCUCCGCAGGCUCCGCAAGAAAUCGGUGGCGCGCGAGUUGAUGAAGCAAGGGAAUAAGAAGCUGAAGAAGUCCAAGUCCGAUUUCGCUGGAUUGCUAAGGAUUAUAGAUAUUUAUGAACUUGCUUUGAAGCGUUACAAGGGCGAUAUUGAUCUCUGGUUUCGCUAUCUUGAGUUUUGCAGACAGAGAAAAAAUGGAAGGAUGAAGAAGGCACUGGCAAAAGUUAUUAGGUUUCAUCCAAAGGUUCCGGGGGUUUGGAUUUAUGCUGCAGCAUGGGAAUUUGAUAAUAACUUAAAUGUUGAAGCUGCUCGUGCUUUAAUGCAGGAAGGUCUAAGAGUUUGCCCAAACUCUGAAGACCUUUGGGUAGAGUAUCUUCGGAUGGAAUUAACGUACCUUAACAAGUUAAAGGCCCGGAAGGUUGCUUUAGGUGAGGAUGAGGGAACUCUUACUCGUGACCCUAGCACUGCUGAUGAAAAACAAUGGAGAGAUGAAAACAAGGAGUUAUUUAUGUCCCUUGAUGAAAAAGAGAAUUAUGAUGGGCCAAACAUUGAAAGUGAUGAAUCAAAGAAGAACCAGGAAUUAUUUGAGGAGCAUGGUAUGAAUAUUUUUCGAACUGUCUAUAGUGGGGCGGUUGACGCUGUCCCUUCAAGUCUUAGUCUUAGGAAGCGUUUUUUUGAAAUAUUGGAGGGUACAAACUUAUCAAGUUAUGAAGAUAUGUGUAACGAGAUGCUGAAUCACAUGAAGAGGGAUUUUUCGACACAACCAGAAUUUUGGGACUGGCUCGUAAGGCAUGAAUGUGGUCUUGAAAAUGAUCAAGAGACAAGUGAAGAAUUCAUAAUUCCUAAGGUGGAAAAGGCUUUGCAGGUUUAUGAGGAGGCUUUGAAAAAUGUGCCAUCAGGAGCUAUGUUUAGCUUGUAUGCAAAUUUUCUAACAGGUAUUGUUGUUCCUAAAGAAGGAGAAACCAAUACAACUGAGUCAUCAGGACUUGCCGAAAAAUAUUUGUCACAUCUCCUGUCAAUAUAUGAAAGGGCUGAAAGCAUGGGAUGCAUUACUGAAGAUCUUGCUUGCAAACACGUGUCCUUACAUUUGCAAUUGAGACAAUUGGAUGAGGCCAGAAAGCUGGCAGCUAAGCUUUGCAGUGGUAAACUUGCAGAAUCAGUAGAGUUAUGGGGGUUAAGGAUCACUGUAGAAAUUAGAUGCAUCACGAAAAGUUCUUCUUCACCAAGUAAUGCUGAUUUGCAAUCUUUUUUUGAACUCCUUCGACAAAUUUUGACGAAAGUGUCUGUUUCAAAAUCAGAGCGCUUGUGGCUAAAGGCCCUUAAAUUCUAUGCAAAUCAAAGACAGUAUUUUGAUAAACUUGUGGAGAUUUCUGUUGUUUCUCUGGUCAGAGAUGGUGGCAGUGAGAAUGGAUUUUCCCUUUCUACUGCCAUCGUAAAUUUUGUACUUCAAAAAGAUGGAAUUCAGCAGGCCAGAGAUAUCUAUAAACGAUUUCUAGCUUUACCGCAUCCUGGCCUUGCUUUAUAUAGAAAUUGCAUUGGCCUGGAAACAAACCUUGCGUCAAUAGGAGAUAAAGAUGCUCUCACAAAUGCCAGGAAAUUAUAUGAAUCUGCUCUCGCAACUUAUGACCAAAAUGUCAGCUUGUGGCAAGAUUACUAUCGUAUGGAGACAAAGAUGGGAACAUCAGACAAGGCUACUGCUGUCUAUUGGCGUGCAAGGAGAAUACUCAAAGAUGCGAGUGAGUUUGCUGCUUCCACAGAUUCGUGAUAAAUUCUAAAUUAAGAGCAUGGCCAGUGGAAUCCAAUUUUGACCACUUUUUCUUUUUCUUUUUCUUUUUAAAAUCCCCCAGAAAUUUGUUCUUUUUGACAAGUGUAUGCCUAAAUUUGUUUACCUCCUGAAGAGGGAGGGGAUUUGAGCUUCCUCCGUUUCUCCCUUAAGCUAGAUAUUAACUGUAAUAUAUCCUUGCACCCUUGUAUGCGUAUGUUGGGUCAUGCUAUUGUGAAGCAUAUUUAAUGACUAAUGUAUCCUUAUGUUAAAGAUGUUAGAUUUGUAUAUUUUUAUACACAUUUGAAGCCGGUGCUUUUAAACACGUUAGAUUUUAAAAUGUUAAAUUUGUUUCGCGCGUAGGCAUCAUAGGUUGCAGGUGGAAAAAUGAUUGCGAAGGGGUUCGUAUGAAACAACAAAUGAAAAAAACAAUCCUGUGU